AUGGAAGAAACUGAAUUAAACUUUCUUGGGGAUGAAGAGUCGUGGACAAAGUCAUCUUUCUUAACUGAUUUGUUUGAGCAUCUCAAUAAACUAAAUUCAAGUAUGCAAGGUCGUGAUGAAAAUAUACUAACAUCGUUGGACAAAAUUAUGGCUUUCAUCGAGAAAUUGAAUUUAUGGAAAACUAAAAUUAAUCAAGAAGAAAAUCUCUGUUCAAUUAAAAAUGAUCGAACAUUGCAGUUGAAAUUCAAAAAGAUCACUCUCAAUAAAUUCUUGACAUAUGUUUCUAAAGAAUAUCCAGAGAUAUCUAUAAAAGCACUGACUAUUCUUUUGCCGUUCUCAACCUCAUAUCUUUGUGAACAAGGGUUUUCAGAGCUUACAAAUAUAAAAAAUAAAAAACGAGAAAAACGAGAAAAACUAAAUUCAGUGGAAAAAGAAAUGAGAGUAUGUCUGUCAACUAUUCGUCCAAGAAUUAAAAAUAUUUGUAACGCCCAUCAGGCACACAUUUCUCAUUAA